AUGACAUCGCAUCCGGUCUUCCGCGAGCGGCCAACGCAGUCGGUGACGUCAGCCGCUUACAGUCUGAGGAGCUCCCGCGAAUGUCGCCAGAGGGCGCUCAACGAGCUGGUUGCCUCCGCCGACGAUCCCGCCGAUCCAGUUCCAGUGGGCCCGCACUUCGUGCUCUCGAAGAUUCUCUACAGAAGGCCGGGCAAGGCUUUCAUCAUUGGCCACAUUCCUCCCGGAUACGCAGACUGGCAGCUCGAUGCUGGAGCACUCUAUCCGAGAUUCAACGAACGAUUCUUGAACAUGAUUGGCCGAUAUCGUCACGUGAUCGCGGGGCAGUUCUACGGGCAUUGGCACACGGACAGCUUCCGUCUUUUCCGUGACGAAUUCGGUGAGGUGGUCGGCAGUGCGUUCACGGCGCCGUCGUUGACGCCGUAUCACGGGCCGGCGCCGGUCAACCCGUCCGUGCGGCUCUACAGCUACCGCCGCGACGACUGCUCAAUGCUCGACUACUCACAGUACAUGCUCAACCUGACACAGGUGAACAGUAGCUCCGCCUAUGCGAUCACACGGCUGCCGACGAGCGACGACUCAAAUGCCACGCUUGACGCGAGAUCAUCGACACCAGGUGGCAGCACGGGGGUGAUGCGCAGCAGCGAUGGCACGCCACUCUCCCAUCUCACCAUCUACCAUCGACCCGCGACCACCAUCUCUGCCACGCCGCUGCCGCUGCCCGUGUGGCGGCUCGAGUAUCGCGCGACGGCGGCUUACUCGAUCGCCGACUUGACAACCGGCGCCCUCUCGCGUCUCUACGAGCGACUGGCGGUGCCCACCGGUGGCGACGCGCUCUUCCGCGCGUACUACGAGCGCAACCUGGUGGGGCACGUCGUGGGCGCGGCGCGGCGGUGCGACGCGGCGUGCGUGACGCGGAUGCUGUGUGCGAUCUCGGAGACGCGCGGGCGCGGCUACCGGACGUGCGUCGGCAUCACGUCAUCGUCCGCCGCUCCCGCUGCCGACGCCGCCGGCAGCAGCGGCAGCAUCCUCCGCAGCAUCUCUCAGCAGACGAUGCAGUACGUCGUCAUCGUCGUGGCGACGCUCGGCGUGCUCUCGGGCGUGGCGGCCGUCUUCCUGUGCGUGAGGCGGCAGCGGGCGCAUGCAGCGUCGCAGUACGAACGCAUCGCGACGCUGUCCGUCGACUGGGCGGAGUCUGGACGCCACCACAAUGGCGUCACGAUACAGAACCUGCCCGAGGUGAUCCCUGAUUAACAGCGCCACCUGGUGAGCACCGACGCCACCUGGUGAGUAACUGUACCACCUGGUGAGCAGCGACGCCACCUGGUGAGUAACUGUACCACCUGGUGAGCAGCGACGCCACCUGGUGAGUAACUGUACCACCUGGUGAGCAGCAAUGCCACCUGGUGAGCAGCGACACCACCUGGUGACCAGGGAUGCCACCUGGUGAGCAGCAACGCCACCUGGUGAGCAGCGACGUCACCUGGUGAGCAGCGACGCCACCUGGUGAGCAGCAAUGCCACCUGGUGAGCAGCGACGCCACCUGGUGACCAGGGAUGCCACCUGGUGAGCAGCGACGCCACCUGGUGACCAGGGAUGCCACCUGGUGAGCAGCAACGCUACCUGGUGAGCAGCGACACCACCUGGUGAGCAGCGAUGCUCUCUGUUGUUAGGUUGGAGUUGGGAUCCUGCUUUAUCGUCAUGAUUGUGGUGACGCCCCCUGGUGACAGGAAAAGCUGCAGGAAUGUCCUUCGCUUGUUUAGGUGUUAUUGUUGAGGCUUGUGAGCGCGUGUGUGUGCCGUCAUUACGUUUUUAUAGCGCUGAGGAGGGAGUGUCUCUAUUAAUGGAACAUUUUAUCCUAUUGUGAAGCAGCUAAUGCGAUCUGUCAGUCUUUCAUGAGAUCUUGGUUUGUGAGUGGCACUAGCCGCUCUACCUUUAUUGUGCACUUGGAGACUCAAUGGUGUUGUUAAGACAAAUUGUUAAGUUGUGUCGGCGUUGGUAUCGUGAACGCUAAACGUCAGUCAGGGACUGAUAGUUUGUAGCAACGUAUUUAUUACUAAUUACCAACCGAGAGGGUUGGCGUAAUGUGAUGUAAGUCGGUGUCUAAUCAAAGAUUCCACACGUCAGUAAUCUGUGGUGGUUAUCAGCUGGUAAUGUGCAAUAAUCCAUCCUGUACGUUUUCCACGAACUUGUUUAAAAAUAAUAAUUUAUGGGUAUCAUAGAAA